AUUGCUUUCUUCAAGACAAGGGCUCCAACCACCAAACACUCUGUGGAUCUGAAUGCCCUUCUGGACACGUGUCAUUGCCAUAACCCUUCAUGCGGGCACGGAGGGCUCGUCUUCACCGAGUUACUAUUGAGUGAUGAACUUCAGCAGGGAGGUGGCCCGACAGACCAGUUGUUAUACAUAUGUGAUAGAAGAUGAGGAUCCAGCCCUGGCAAAUCUAAAUAUAUUUGAGUUGUCUGAGAAGGGUGACCUGGCUCUCCUGGAGAACUUGGUGAGGAAGAGCCCAGAGGUCCUGAAAGAGAGAGAUGAAUGUGGAGCCAGUCCCCUUCAUCACGCUGCCGCAGGGGGCCACGUCACCCUCAUCCAAUCCAUCACCACUGUCAUAGACUCAAAGGAGCUGAACAGCUGUGAUGAGCAGGGCAAUGUGCCCCUGCACUGGGCAGUGGAGAGGAACAAGGCGGAGAGCUGCACGGCUCUUUUGGACCUGGGGGCCGACCCCAAUGUCCUCAACAUGGCCCUCUUGUCCCCUCUGCAUCUGGCGGUCAGCCAUGGACACAACAACCUGGUGGAGCUCCUGCUGUCCUACAAUGCUACAGACUGUAACCUGCCUGGAGACCUUGGGAACACCCCAGUGAUGCUGGCCUGCUCCAUCAAUAACUAUGAGGCUCUCAGCACACUGAUAAAGCAUGGAGCACACCUUUGCCAACAGAACAAACUCGGCCAUUACGCUGUGCACGCAGCUGCUUUCGCAGGUGCAAAAACAGCCAUGGAAGUGAUCCUGAAGGCCGGAGAAGAGCUCGGCCACUCAGCUGAAGCUCACAUCAACUAUCUCGACAAGUCCAUGAGCAGUCCCCUCCAUCUGGCUGUACGUGGUGGAAACAUUGAAGCCAUCCGUCUCUGUAUUGCCACUGGGGCAAAGGUUGACCAACAACAGAAUGACAGAUCCACACCACUUCAUUUGGCUUGCACCCAGGGUGCUACUGAGGUAGUCAAACUGAUGCUCUCCUCCUAUGACCGAGUGGAAGACAUCAUCAACUUAACCGAUGGGGCGUGUCAGACCCCUCUACACAGGGCUACAAUAUUUGACCACAUGGAGCUGGCAGAGUACCUAAUUUCUUUGGGUGCGGACCUAAACAGCAUUGAUUGUAAGGGGAACUCUCCCUUGCUGCUGGCUACAAGCUGUGGAGCAUGGAGUACUGUGGCUCUGCUUCUGUCAAAAGGGGCAAAUGUAAAUAUAAAAGAUGGAUUUGGUUGCAACUUCCUUCAUCUGGCCAUUCAGCAGCCUAAGGGUUUGAAAAAUCUCCCAGAAGAUGCACUGCAGAAUAGCAGUGUGAAGGCGUUGCUGAGCUGUGAGGAUAAUGAGGGCUGUACCCCGCUCCACUACGCUUGCAGACUGGGUAUCCAUGACUCAGUGAAGAACAUGCUGGGCCUCUCGGGGCAGGUCGGCCUUGCAUGCAAGUCAAAGGACAAGAAGUCUGCCCUGCACUUUGCUGCUCAGUACGGGCGCAUCAAUACAUGUCACAGAUUAUUGGAGACCAUCACAGACUCUCGCUUGCUAAAUGAAGGUGAUGAGCGGGGUCUGACACCACUUCAUUUGGCUUCAACAGGCGGGCACACCAAGGUGGUACAGCUGUUGCUUCGUAAAGGAGCUCUCUUUCACAGUGAUUACAAGGGCUGGACGUGUCUGCACCAUGCUGCAUCUGAGGGAUACACACAAACUAUGGACAUUCUCCUGUCAGCCAAUCUAAAGUUACUGGAUAAAACUGACGAGGAUGGGAACACUGCACUCCACAUUGCAGCAAGAUCGGGGCAUGUGGCUGCAGUCAGGCUCAUGCUGGCUCGCGGGGCAGAGCUCAUCUUAAACAAGAAUGACACAUCGUUCCUCCAUGAAGCUCUGCAAAAUGGGAGAAAAGAUGUAGUCAAUGCUGUAAUUGACAGUGACAGAUGUGCAGAGGCUUUGAUACUGUUCAUACCUGGCUCUAGCCAACGAUGUCCAAUACUUGACAUGAUUGAGGUCCUGCCUGAGACCUACAAGCACCUGUUGGACCGCUGUGUGAGGGAAUCUGACGAUGAUUAUAACAGUCCUGAUUACCAUAUUGAAUAUGAUUUCAAAUGGCUCCAAGCUCCCCUUGCGCUGCAGAAGGCGACGGACAAGACCUUAAGAUGUCAGCCACUAGCUGCACUCAACGCGAUGGUGCAGUACAACCGCAUUGAGCUCCUCAACCACCCGGUCUGCAAAAAGUACCUGGAAAUGAAGUGGGUUGCUUACGGGAGCACGGCUCAUGUGCUUAACAUGUUUUUUUACCUGUUAGGCCUGCUGCCCCUAACUCACCUGAUAGUGACUCUCAGGCCUUCCAUAAACACCACUGACACAAGUGAGCACAGUAUCAAUAUGGUGCCCACAUCUUUCAUAAAGCAAAGUCUGUUCUUGUCCUGGUGUAUGAUGAUGGUCUUGGUCGUAAACAUCUAUUCGAUAGCAAAGGAAGUGGUGCAGAUAUCACAACAGCGUUGGAAUUACUUCAGGGAUUAUUCCAACCAUUGUGACUGGCUUUCAGCCAUCUUCUCCCUUCUGUUCAUCAUUCCUGUCAUGCUCAAUGCAGAGGGUUCAUUACAUUGGCAAGCAGGGGCAAUGGCAGUUUUAAACUCCUGGGUGGGAUUUCUCCUUUAUCUCCAACGGUUUGAGGGGGUUGGCAUAUAUGUUGUGAUGUUUGGGGAGAUCAUGAAGACACUGGUCCGUAUUGUAAUGCUGUUCUUUUACCUGAUGUUAGCGUACAGUUUGGCGUUCCACGCUCUGAUGCUCAACCAGAAAGAGUUUGACAGCGUGCCGCUCUCAGUGAUGCAAACCUUUGUGAUGAUGGUGGGAGAACUGAACUACCAGAAUAACUUCCUGGAUGCUUUUCUGAAAAAUGAGCUUCCUUUUGGUCUUCUGACUUACUUCAUUUUUGUGACCUUUGUUCUGCUCAUGCCAAUACUGCUAGUGAACCUGAUGAUUGGUUUAGCAGUUGGAGAUAUUGCUGAAGUACAGAGGAAUGCUGCCCUAAAAAGAAUAGCCAUGCAGAUUGAUCUCCAUACUGCCCUGGAAGAUAAGCUGCCUUAUUGGUUUAUGAAACGAGUUGACAAACCCUCCAUCACCAUUCACCCAAAUCGCAAGUGCUCCAGGCACUUCAUAAGGCAAUUAAUCUCAGGCGAAGAGGAUACAAAUGAAGUCUGGAGUCAUGUGCAGGCCAAGUCACAGAGCUCUACUGUGAUAGAGAAUGAGCUCAAGAAGCAGAAGUCCAGGAUGAAAGAAAUGUCAAGCAUGCUGGAGAAGCAGCACAACCUCCUGAAGCUCAUCAUCCAGAAGAUGGAGAUCACCUCGGAGGCAGACGAGUGCGACGGCCCUGUGAACAUCAGAGGCAGCAUGUGGCCAAGCUUGAGUCAGACUAAACCAAGAGGACGCACUGUGUCUCGGUGGGUUCCACUGAUGAAGGCCAUUGAGUCCAAAAAAAACUGAAGAAGAUUAAACGAACACAUAUGCAAUUUUGAAAAGUGACUACAUUAUAAAAGUCUAGUUACAGUAUAAUGGCAUAAUUAUAUUGCUACUUCACAUUAUUCAUUAUAUCAAGAUUGAGCCUCUGACUUUCAGAUGGAAAAAACUUAACUGUACUCACUAUCUAUGUAUAUUGAAGUGAUCCAUUUAAUUAAGUGCAAUUAAUUGACUUUUAACUAUUAACUAUUGUGUGGUUUUGAAUUUUAACAAUUAAAUGUGGAAUAGUGAAUACUGUUGCACACUGAAUUUAAACCUAUGGUAUUAGUGCUAUUAAUUUUUUGUCAAUGCAGUUGGUUGAAACAGUAACAUUUCUUGUCUAGUAUAGCACUUUUAAGUUACACCAGUGACCCCACUGAUAAACCAAUGGUCAAGUCAUUCUGUGUUGUGUAUGCAGUCUUGCAAUACUUCUAUCACGCACACAGUUGCUGUUUCUUGUAAUGUGCCCUAAUGUGCAAUACAGCAUGUGCUCUUCUAUCUUUCAAACAUGAUGUUUUGUCUCUUCUUUUGUCUCACUUCGUCAUUACAUGUGUCUUUCAACUUUGAAAUACCCGAAAAUGAGGAAAUACGUUUUUCAGUUUGUUUUUCAAAUUUCAGUUUGUUUGUUAAGACACACAAGACAGUGAGACACUGAGAGGAUUUACAGCUGCAAUAAAUUAAGAGCUGAGAUGAAAUUCCCCAUGUGUGGAUGAGUUAGUGGGCAUGUCAAUUUCAUUAAAAACUGAGUCAAACCUCAGUAUAUAUGGAAUAUACAGUAUGUGCAUGCAGCAAUUCCACAGAGACCCUUUUUCUAAUGGAUUUGAUGCGUUUAAGUUUGUUUAACUUUGUCUCAAAAGCAUGGAGAAGAAGGCAAAAUUGAGUAUUUGAUUAGACUUUUCUUUCAUUUCUCCAGUAGUUUGGACUUUAAUAGACUUUAUCAGUAACCUAUGAAUUUUGUUGUAGACAUGAAGGCCUGAAAUUCAGAUUUUGUAAGUUAUAUGAACUGGUAUCAUUAGUCUUUUGGGUUUUUUGGUCCGGUAUUGUUUGUAUGUGCUACAUACUGGAUCUGGAUCCGGUUUAUAGUAAUUGUGGUGCCUUGAA